CGCAGCCCUUCCGUGUUCAGACAACUGCAAUCUCCUGGCUCUUACACUGAUCUUUGCGAGAUCUGGUACUCCUAGAGGAGACACAGCGUGACAGGAGCGUGACAUAAGAAGAGGAGAUAGUAAAUCCAGGAACAGCCCGGUGGGCGUCUUCUCUCCUGGGCUGCCUUCCUGGUCCAGCUUUCUAGAACCUGCAGGGGUAGGGGAGAACUUGGCACUCACCAUGCCUUCAGUUGGAACCCCGGUACAAAUUGACCAACAUGCACUGCAGCUAGCAGGUGGCCCCUGCAACCAGCACUGCCGCAUAGGAGGGAGCAGGCCCUAAGGUAUAUCCGCACCAUGUACCUGGGGAUUCAGAGCCAGCGGCAGAAGGAACACCAGCGGCGCUUCUACUGGGCUAUGAUGUACGAAUAUGCAGAUGUCAACAUGCUGCGCCUCCUGGAGACCUUUCUGGAGAGCGCCCCCCAACUGGUGCUACAGCUCUGCAUAAUGAUCCAGAAGAACAGUGCAGAGACGCUGCCCUGUGUCUCCUCUGUGACUUCCCUGAUGUCCCUGGCUUGGGUGCUAGCUUCCUAUCACAAGCUGCUGCGGGACUCCAGGGACGACAAGAAGAGCAUGAGUUACAGAGGGGCCCUCAUCCACCUCUUCUGGCGCCUCUUCACCAUCUCAUCCCGAGUUAUCUCUUUCGCCCUCUUUGCUUCCAUCUUCCAGCUGUAUUUCGGGAUCUUCGUGGUGGUGCACUGGUGCGCCAUGGCCUUCUGGAUCAUCCAUGGUGGGACAGACUUCUGCAUGUCCAAGUGGGAGGAGAUCCUCUUCAACAUGGUGGUAGGGAUCGUGUACAUUUUCUGCUGGUUUAACGUCAAGGAAGGGCGGACUCGAUACCGAAUGUUCGCAUACUAUACGAUAGUCUUGACCGAGAAUGCUGCCUUGACGUUCCUUUGGUAUUUUUACAGAAAUCCGGAGAGCACUGACUCCUAUGCCGUGCCAGCACUGUGUUGUGUCUUCGUUAGCUUUGUGGCUGGGAUUACGCUCAUGCUCUUAUACUAUGGCGUGUUGCAUCCCAUGGGGCCGCGGGCUAAGGUCUUUGCCAGCUCCUGUUGUGCCGAGCUGCUCUGGGGCAUCCCUUUGCCCCCUGAUGUUGAGCCUAUGGCACCUCAGACCCCUGGGUACCGGGGGACCCAGGUCACGCCCACCAGAGCUGUGACGGAACAGCAGGAGGACCUCACGGCUGAUACUUGCCUGCCCGUAUUCCAAGUGAGACCCAUGGGGCCCUCUACCCCGUCAGGGCGUCCUUACCACCCAGAAGGGCCCCUGAUUAAGAUUGACAUGCCAAGAAAGCGAUACCCGGCCUGGGAUGCGCACUUUGUAGACAGGAGGCUGCGGAGGACUAUUAACAUCCUGCAGUACGUCACCCCCACCGCAGUGGGCAUUCGCUACCGAGAUGGGCCUCUGCUCUAUGAGCUGCUGCAGUAUGAGUCUUCACUCUAGAACACCUUGACCCAGAUUGAGAAGGGGACCUUAAGUUUGGUUGCGGUCAACGCCGCCUGCAAGAAAUAUAACCCUCCCUUCCCCCAAUACACAAAACCACCACCACCACCGCCACACCAACAACGCCAACACUACAAAAAAGAUCAAUAAGUCACAUCCCCUUCAGAUAAGCUUUCUUUCCAGUCACUAUAUGUAUACAAAGAUAUUCUCUAUGUUUUGUAAGUAAAAACAGAAAGAAAACCUUUCUUUUGUUUUUUACACAUAAGAAACAGUAUUGAAAAAAAAUUAAAUAAUCCCACACUGCAGUUCCUAGGAUGGAGAAGGAAGAGCUAAUCUCCUCUCCAAAACAAACAAACAAACAAACAAACAAACAAAAGUUUUAUACUUUACACCAAGUGUAGAUCAUUUAUGGGAUUGGUGCUGAUUGAGAGAACAAAGCAAAGCAAAACAAAACAAACAAAAACCUUCAACUGCCUUACGCCCUUAGGUGCUGAGUUUCUUUAGGUACUGUCAUGUUUCCUCACAGAAAACUCUCCGGUGACUUUUGUACCAGGAGAGGGAAAAAAAAUUAAAUAAUCAAAUGAAACAAAAUCUACCGAAAAAGCAAAUAAACGAAAACAGCAAACAGAUACCAUACCCAAACAAACUUUCCUAUCAAAUGAUUUGUAUCGAAAAACAAGCAAACGAGCAAACAAACAAAUUGACCAAAAAUGAAGGCAUCAAAGCCCUCUCUCUAUUUGGUUUCUCCUGCCCCUUCCCCAUUUUGCAGAGCCUUCUAGAAGCUAAAGGGCUACUUGGAUCUCCACUGGCCGAAAAGCUCCUUGAAGGCUGACUAUGUGCCAUUUUAACAUUUGCCUAGCAACAGUUGCAUUAAUUUCCUGUGCAAAAAACCAAACGAAAACACAAACGAGAAUUAAACUUCCAAACACCCAAUUUGAUAGAUUCUAAAAGCAGAUCAAAGGAGAUGUUCAUAAACGCCAUCAAAGAGAAUCAGCAAUGAUCAAACUCAGCAUGGUAGCAAAA